UUAUUCUCUUAUCUUCAUUUUUAAGAGCAUUAUUCUUUAAUCAUUUAACCCCAUCCAAACCCUCAUGAAGGAGGAGCUCAUAAUUAGAGUGUCAUUAUUCAGUAAAAAUAAUGUGAAAGGCGAUUAUGAUAGGACAUAAAGAAGCACAGAGAUACAUAUAGAUAGAAGGCAGGUGGGAGUCAUUCAUGAUUGUAACUAUUAAACGAAUCUUCCUCCCAAUUAACAGACUCACAGAGGUACAUGUAGGCAGAUCUAGUCUUACAAGAACACACAUAUACUGCCUAUUACAUUGAAAUAGGAUGGAGGAGGUAGAGGAUUUAGUCACAAUCAAUGAUACUCUACCGAGACACAUAAGAACAGAGACUGAUAAUAUACGUCAUAAAUGUGAGGUUUGCACGAGAGAAUUUAGUCUAAAGAGUGACUUAACGAAACAUGUAAGAACACAUAUUGAUGAAAAACCUUACAAAUGUGAUAUUUGUGGAAGAGAAUUUCCCCGAGGUAGAAACCUAACUAGACACAUGCUAAUACAUUCUGGAGAUAAACCUUAUGACUGUGAUGUAUGUGGUAAAAGGUUUAGUCUAUAUGAUUCUUUACAGAGACACAUCAAAAUACAUACAGGUGAUAAACCUCAUGAGUGCAAUUUGUGUGGUAAAGGGUUUAUUCAGCAUGUUAGUUUACAGAUACACAAGAGAAUACAUACAGGAGAAAAACCUCACGCAUGUGAUUUAUGUGAUCAACGGUUUAAUGAUCAGAGUAGCUUACAGAAACAUGCGAGAAUACAUACAGGUGAUAAACCUUAUGACUGUGGUGAAUGUGGUAAAGGGUUUAGUCGUAUAAAUUAUUUACGGGAUCACAUGAGAACACAUACAGGUGAUAAACCUCAUAUCUGUGAUGUAUGUGGUAAACAGUUUAGUGAUCUUGGUGAUUUAAGAAGACACACGAGAACACAUACCGGUGACAAACCUCAUGAAUGUAAUGUAUGUGGUAAAAGGUUCAGUGUGCAUUGUAAUUUACAAAAACACAUGAGAACCCAUACAGGCGAUAAACCUCAUGACUGUGAUGUAUGUGGUAAAAGGUUCAGUGACCAUAGUAAUUUACAAAAACACAUGAGAACCCAUACAGGCGAUAAACCUCAUGACUGUGAUGUAUGUGGUAAACGGUUUACUCAGCUUGCUACCUUACAAACUCACAUGAGAAUACAUACAGGUGAUAAACCUCAUAACUGUAUUUUAUGUGGUAAAGGGUUUAGUCAGCUUGGUAAUUUACAGAGACACACAAGAACGGUUCACACAUGAGAACACAUACACGUGAAAAAACCUCAUUACUGUUAUGUAUAUGGUCAAGUUAUUGUCAGCAGACACAUGAAAACGGUUUACACAUGAGAGCACAUACAGGUGAUAUUAAGCGGCAUGAGUGAUCAUGUUUGCAUUUUUUUUUUGUAGUAUUUCAUAUUUCAUAGUUAAUACAUGAGGGUUUGGAUGGGGGUAAAUGAUUAGAGAAUAAUGCCCUUAAAAAAUUAAGAUUACAGAAUAAUGGGUAAACAAAAUAAAGAUUAGAGUAAUGCGUGGUCUAGAAAUAUAAAGAAUAUUGAAUGAUUGAUAAAAGAAAACGCUAAAAUUUAACUGUUAACAGAAUUUUCCUUCUUAAAAUUUAAAGAAAAUUAUCAAAAUUAUCAUUUGUAAAAAUAUGAUAAAAGUGAAAACAAACUUGGUAAACCUUUUUUGGUUUCGUGAUAACAGACUUAAAUGAUUAAUCAGACUAGACUUCGUGAACAUGAUGAACUUUGCCAUUCCCUUGUACUACUAUGAAAUUUUUAAACGACAAUUCUUGACUUAUACAGAUAUUUUUCGCUGGAAUUUACUGAUUAUGAUAUCAAAGUCAUGUGAUUCGAUAUGGUGGAUUUGACAUGCAGUGCGUCGAAUAAAACGUCUCUCAGUCAUUUUGAAAUUCAAAUAACAGUAACACAUAGGCUGAGAAUGACAAUCAUGACACCUUCAAAGCGACACAGGAUUUAGAAAGAACAUAUUGACUUCUAUUUCACUAUUCCUCCAAACAGAAAGUAAUGCUCUAUAGACUAUUACACUCUCAUGAACUACGGAAACAUGUUUAACCCCAAACGCCCCAGCAUUAUUUUAAAAUAAUAUAGCUGAAUAAUGAUCCCCAGUUAGUAUAAGCUGUAUAUAGAUUUAAAGUCGUAAGUACGAAUUUACCAUUUGAUUUGAGGACAGUCUAAGAUAUUUGAGAGAAAAAAAAUUAACUCUGAUUUUUGCCUGAAACAAAAAUUCUAGACGCAAAAUAAAAAUCUUGUCCACUUUUUUGCUAUUAGAAACGAAAAUUCCCAACAGAAUUAUUUAGCAUUAAAUGAACAUGAUAAAUAAAGCGGGCAUAUUUUUUGUGGCAGGUUUUUUUUUUUAUGUCUGACCGCAAUGUCUGUUUCGCCGAACUGAUAUAAAUGGAAUACUUUUUUCAAGACCAGACUGCAACCUGCCUAUUGGGUGUGGCCUUUAUGUCUUCAUUUGAGGGCCGGCAUUCAGAAAUUCGUUGUCAUUUCAGACUCAUUCUUAGCCUUUGAUUGAUUUGGAACCCUUUACUUCCCUUAAUGUUGUUGGGUGAAACAUAUCAACCAAACAUUUGGGUAAAAAUUACUUGUUUGUCUUUUUUAACUCGUGUCGGUCGUAUUUCUAAUUCAAUCGAAUAGCCCAGCGUAUAUCUUGUUAACAACAACAACAACUCUGUAAGGUUAUUCUAACUUAACUUACAACAAACGUGCGAAAUUUUCCAUUCCAUUCCAUCACACAUUAACUGUAUCAGUACAUUAGCUCUUGGAUCCAAACUAUCAUUUAAUGAUAGAAAUUUAUAGGGAGAUACAGCAUCUUAAAUGUUCAACCCUUACACCUUACCAGCAACUACAAAAUAUGCAUGCCCCACGCCAGGAACCGUUAAAAAAGUGCAUAUUUCACUUAUUUUUUGUUUUUAGUCCUAAAAAGGGGCCAACAUUUUGUUUGCCUUGCUUUGCUCGGCGAUCUUUACAAACUACGGUCCCUCUUUCAAAAAACCUGAAUCCGCCCCUGUUUAUAGCUGACUAUGUGGUUGGCUUUUGCUCAUAGUUGAAUGCCGUACAGUGACCUAACGUUGUUAAUUUCUGUGUCAUUUGGUCUCUUUGAAGAGAUGUCUCAUUGGCAAUAACACCACAUCUUCUUAUAUGUAGUCAAAAUCACUGAAAAGAACUGAUGAGAACUUGGACUUGUUACUACAAGGAACUAGCAAUUUAAUCAUGCAGAACAAUACACGUUAAAAUAAUUGAAGAAUAAUGCGUAAAAAAUCACUUUUAAAGAAUAGACUUAUUUUGGGAAGAUUAGAGAAAAAAGGGGUGAAAAUUAAAUGUUUACAGAAUAACAGACCCCCCCCCCCCCAUUCAGACCCUCAUACAUAUCUUUUACAAACUAAGUAUUAUUUAUAUUUUAAGAUACUUGUUCCAUUUUGAUAUAACUUUUAUGAGAUUUUUUAUUACAAAUUUAAACAGUAUAUUUUUGUUGGUACACGACAACUCAUACUUUCAGCAAGUCGUACUCAACCAACUCGUACCCUAUUUUUACCAACUCGUAACCAUGUUUUAUUUAAUUGAUAUUAUUUAUCUAGUUUAAAUGCAUAGUUAUUGUAACUUUCUUUCGUAUAUCAUUAUAUAGCAAAAUACAAAUGAAAAAACAA